CUUUCAUUUGGAUAACAAAUGAGGAAAGAAGAGAAUUAGAGGGGAGAGAAAUGGAGGAAAUAAAUUGUGAGAAAUUGAUCUCUCCAACAAUGGAGAGAUUUGGAAGGAAAACUCGUCAUUCCUCCCUCCCCUCCCCUUCCCUUCCCACCCAUUCCUCUCUCUUCUCUUCUUUUCCUUCCCAUUUCUCUAUCCAAGCAAAUUGUUAGAGUUUACUCUUGUGUUUCGCAGCUGACAUAGUCAUGCUUGUGCUAGGAGUGGCGUUUAUUGGUUGCUACCUGACAUUGUCUGAUUGCGUUUCUGCUUUAUCAUAUGAUUUCGGAUAAUGUAACGGCAGUGUUGGUCCUCCCCGACAUUCUGUUUAUUCGGAACAAGAUGGAAUGCCAAUGAAGUUUUUACACAUUUGGGGAGAUUGAUAGGGGCAUUGGACAUUUUGAUUUCCUCUCCUGUUUCCACCUUUUGGCACGCUUCUUCUUUUCUAUCAUUUGGAGAUAAUUUUGAUGUUUGGAAACAUUAGGAGGGCCACACAUUCCUUAUUAAAAACCCGUGGCAGCAGCAAUUUUGGAUUGAAAAGGGAUGGAACAUACCCCCUCUUCCAGCCAUGUUUACCACAAUAUAGAUUGUAUUCACAGUUCAGACAUAAUCAUUCAGGAUAUAUGCCUAAUACUUCGUAUAAACAUCUGCAAUUCCUUUACAAGAAUGGCUCUCCUAGGAACUAUUCUUCAAUGUAUGCAAGUAACACUGUGGCACAUCAUGCUCAAAAUGCUUGGAAAAGGAUUACAAAGAUACGUUCUUCCUACACUUCAACAAUUCCUACCAUAAGCAGGGCUGCUGGAGUAUUUAGCAUAGCCUUAACCAAAUCCCACCUUUUGGUGCCGGGAAUUUUCACUUUAAUAUUUGGAGAGUUAGCUCUAACCCAAAGAUCACAUGCUGAAUCAGAUUAUUUUUCCUCUAGUAACACUGUUUAUACGCGGGCACAAGAUGGACAUAUGUACAUGAGCAGGUUGAUUUCAAACGUACUAGAGGUUCUUAUUUUGUUGCUAAGAGUUGUUUAUCUGGCAUUAUUAUUUUCACCCAGCAUAGCCAUGGCUCCAUUUGCAGAUAGUUGUGGACCUCGAUUCAGAAGUUUUUGGCUUCAUGUUGUGCAUCGUACCCUGGAAAGAGCUGGCCCUGCAUUUAUAAAAUGGGGGCAGUGGGCAGCUACACGACCUGAUUUAUUCCCAAGAGAUUUAUGUUCUGAGCUUGCAAAGCUUCAUUCUAAAGCUCCAGAGCACAGCUAUGCUUAUACAAAAAAAACUGUGGAACAAGCCUUUGGUCGUAAAAUUACCGAGAUUUUUGAGAGUUUCGAUGAGAAGCCUGUUGCAUCAGGAAGUAUUGCCCAGGUGCAUCGGGCUGUUUUGCGCUUUCGACACCCUGGCCAAAAGACCAAACCCACUGAAGUUGCAGUGAAAGUUAGGCAUCCAGGAGUUGGUGAUUCUAUCAGAAGGGACUUUGUUAUAAUAAACACAGUGGCAAGAAUAUCCACACUUAUCCCUACACUAAAGUGGUUGAGACUAGAUGAAAGUGUCCAGCAAUUUGCCACUUUUAUGAUGUCACAGGUUGAUCUUUCCAGGGAAGCUGCAAAUCUUAAUCGGUUUAUAUACAACUUCCGGAGAUGGAGAGAUGUAUCCUUCCCAAAACCUCUCUAUCCGCUAGUGCAUCCUGCAGUUUUGGUUGAAACCUUUGAGCAUGGGGAAAGUGUGUCACAUUAUGUUGAUGGGUUUGAUGGGCAUGAACGUUUUAAAACUUCUCUGGCUCACAUCGGCACCCAUGCUCUUCUGAAGAUGCUAUUGGUGGAUAACUUCAUCCAUGCAGACAUGCAUCCUGGAAAUAUUCUUGUCCGGUUGAAACAUGGCAAGCGUAAAGCAGGGGCAAAAUCGAAGCCUCAUGUCGUUUUUAUUGAUGUAGGCAUGACUGCCGAGCUUUCAAAAAAUGACCGUAUAAUUCUGUUGGAGUUUUUUAAGGCUGUUGCUCGUCGGGAUGGCCGCACUGUAGCUGAGCGCACCCUUCAACUAUCAAAACGACAGAGUUGUCCGAAUCCAGAGGCGUUCAUACAGGAGGUAACAAAGUCUUUCGAUUUCUGGGCUACUCCAGAAGGUGACUUGGUUCAUCCAGCGGAUGCCAUGCAACAAUUACUUGAGCAAGUUAGACAUCACAAGGUGAACAUUGAUGGUGAUGUGUGCACUGUAAUUGUGACUACUUUGGUCCUUGAGGGUUGGCAGCGGAAGCUCGAUCCAGAUUAUAAUGUGAUGCACACGCUUCAAACUUUGUUGUUCAAAGCUGAUUGGGCAAAAUCUCUUUCAUACACUAUUGAAGGGCUUAUGGCCCCAUAAAAAUUUGCUUCUUGCUACUACUAGCUGCUGCUAAAAAUUUUGAUGGAUCAUAUACUAUACAUAGUUUCCAUAAGAAAUAAGCUUUAAUUAAUUUAGGUCAUGUUCGAUCAUCCUUCUUCUCGCUUCUCCAGUCUUGGUCCCAUAUAUAUUCUUUUGUUUCAACUUUAAUUUGAGUUUUGAUGUUCAACUGAUAUAGAGUAGCACCUGUAAAAGUUUCCCGGGAAAAGGGUUUCUUGUUUUACAUUUAAUUGGCGUGUACAUAUUCAAAUACAUUCUGUAUUCAUUUUGACCCUCUGUAGUAGAGUUUUCAACAUUAAGUUGUCGAUUAAAGCUUUAAAUUUUUGACUUAUUUGCAGUUA